AGAUCAAACUUAGAGGUACCUACUGUACCUAUUAUAAAAAAUUUUCCUUAUCUGUUAAAAUUGAUGCAAUCUUAGAUCAUCUCUUGUGGCUCUACUAAGUAGAAGCAUAUAAAGAAAAAUGAACAUUGAGCUUUUAGAGACGUUUGGUCAGAACUACCCUGAGGAGUUUGACGGGACUCUUGACUGUGUCUCGUUGGCUGUGACGUGCGCCUUCAACAGACAAGGCGCUCUGCUGGCCGUCGGCUGCAAUGACGGACGCAUUGUCAUCUGGGACUUCCUUACACGGGGCAUCGCUAAGAUCAUCAGUGCCCAUGUCCAUCCUGUCUGCUCACUCAGCUGGUCCCGCAAAGGCCACAAGCUGCUGUCCGUGUCCACCGACAACAACGUGUGCAUUUGGGACGUGCUGUCGGGUGACUGCGACGUCAAGUAUAGGUUCCCCUCACCCAUCAUGAAGGUGCAGUUUCACCCCCGCAAUGACAAGCUGUUCAUCGUGUGCCCCAUGCGACACCCAGUGGUGCUGCUCAACAGCGACGGCACCCACCGCCUCCUCCCCCUAGACGACCCUGCCGACGUCACCCUCGUCGCUUCCUUCGACCGCCGCGGCCAACACGUCUAUUGUGGUCGGUGCUGGGUGGUGGCGGGCAGUGGUGGGGACUGUUGGGUGGUGGUGGUCAGUGAGACGUUUGGUCAGAACUACCCUGAGGAGUUUGACGGGACUCUUGACUGUGUCUCGUUGGCUGUGACGUGCGCCUUCAACAGACAAGGCGCUCUGCUGGCCGUCGGCUGCAAUGACGGACGCAUUGUCAUCUGGGACUUCCUUACACGGGGCAUNUUACGGCCGUCGUACGGCGAUUACACCGACGAGGACCGCAGCGUUGAGGCCAGCGCUGAGAGGCGCGAGGAGGACAUCGAUGUUGACGUCACCAACAUCGAGCCCGUGGCCGCGUUCUGUUCCUCGGACGAGGAGGAGGGCAGCAGGUCGGCCUCCCCUCCCCUGCUGUACCUCCCCAUCACCCCCGACAUCGAGGAGCCUGAGGAGGGGUGGGGGCCUGACCCCCCUGAUGACCCCCCCACCCUGGCCGCGGGGGGCAGCAAGAGGGGGGGCCUCGAGGCCAAGGACAGCGCCUCGCCGAAGAAGAAAAGACCAAAGACUUUUGAUGUGAACCUCGAGAACGCGCCUCUUGAUGAGGUUCACCCGCUGAGCAACCCCCGCGGCAAGGACAAGGCGGCGGGUGCGGGCAAGAAGGGCGGCCGCAGCGGCGGCAAGGCGGACGCCAAGAAGGACAGGAAGAAGCACUGACCUUAGUGGCCUUAGUGUCCUUAAUGACCUACGUGUCCUUAGUAUCCCUAGUGUCCUUAGUGUCCUUAGUGUCCUUAAUGACCUACGUGUCCUUAGUGUCCUUAGUGUCUUUAGUAUCCUUAGU